CGGGUUGCGCCAAUCCGCUUGUAUCGCUAAAAAGAUUGUUGACAAAAAUUAAAAUGCCCAACUGGAACCAAAUACAAUCGCAGCUGCGUAGCUCAAAUAAUCCGGUAGUCUUUUUCGAUAUUGCCGUGGGCACAACAGAAAUCGGCCGAAUGAUAUUUGAGUUGUUUGCAGACACAGUGCCGCGCACGGCGGAGAACUUUCGCCAGUUCUGCACCGGAGAGUACCGACCAGAUGGCGUGCCCAUCGGAUACAAAGGUGCCAGCUUCCACCGCGUAAUUAAGGAUUUCAUGAUCCAAGGCGGUGAUUUCGUACAGGGCGAUGGCACGGGCGUAACCAGCAUUUACGGCAACACGUAUUCCGACGAGAACUUCACCCUCAAACACGACUCUCCAGGGCUCUUGUCCAUGGCCAACAGCGGGAAGGACACCAACGGCUGUCAGUUUUUCAUCACCUGCGCAAAGUGUAACUUUUUGGACGGCAAGCACGUUGUGUUCGGCCGAGUUCUCGACGGACUUUUAAUCAUGAGGAAGAUUGAGAACGUUCCCACCGGACCCAAUAACAAGCCAAAGUUGCCGGUAACGAUAUCCCAAUGUGGACAAAUGUAGCACGGUGUGUCAGAGUAUUGAAAUUUGUAAUAAAGUUACUUUACUGUUUGUAAACAAA